CACGCCGGACUUUUAAGCACGUCCGACGUCCGCUUCAUCUCCUGCCCUUCCAAACCGUUUCUCAGUUCAACCGAAAAGCUGGAGCUGCCGUCGAUCUCGCAGGUCCACACCCGCGGUCCUGCUGACAUCCCCUGGUACAACCCGCACGCGGCCGAACGACCGUUAUUGUCCGGCGAUAAACUCCCCGCGCUGAGCUUGCCGACAGCGAUCCAGGGCAUCUCCCGACCCGCCUAUCAGGAUCCCCCGUCUGCCAACUCAAGCGCCCGCACGAGUCUGUCUGGGGUCUCUAUCCCGGUCAACGAGCCUAGGAGCCCUCCGCCCUCUGCGGACCUCUCAGGGACACAGGGUCGAUUGUCACUGGACUCUUCUGCUCCGACGGAAUAUAGUCUACCUCCCUCGGUCAACGACGGGUACUAUCCUAGCCCAACUUCGCUCGGAAGCAUGAACCAAGCCCAGCCGUAUAUGGAUGUUCACUCGCACAUGUCCUCAGCUCAAUCAUACGCUCCCCAGGGUACAACCGCCGGCGCCAUGUCCCACUAUCAGUACCCCCAGCAACCGCCCGUGAUGCAGCCGUCCGCGUCUUAUGCUCCUGUCUCAUACCCCCAGUAUGGGUAUCAUACCGGGGCCACAUCCCCCCCAACCGGACAGCCCCCAAGCUCAAUGGGUGGCCAGAUGCCCACCCAGCUGCUGCCUUUGCCUGGUAAGCUUCAAAGCAUCAGUUCGGUCGAUGAUUAUUCUGAUCGUUAUCAAGUGAACAACCAUGGUGUGGCACCUGCCGGUGGUUAUGGAAACAGCACAGGCGCUCCCCUCCAAGGAUUCGUCUUUGACCCUACUGGCCAAGUGGCUCCCCCAGGAGCGAAACCCCGUGUGACAGCUACUCUGUGGGAAGACGAGGGCAGCCUAUGCUACCAGGUGGAAGCGAAGGGAGUCUGCGUGGCUCGACGUGAAGAUAACCACAUGAUCAACGGCACAAAGCUGCUCAACGUGGCUGGUAUGACCCGUGGUCGACGUGAUGGAAUCUUGAAGAGCGAGAAGCUACGCCAUGUUGUGAAGAUUGGCCCAAUGCAUCUGAAAGGCGUCUGGAUUCCUUUCGAGCGUGCCUUGGAGUUUGCAAACAAGGAGAAGAUCACUGAUCUUUUGUACCCGCUCUUUGUGCACAACAUCGGCGGUCUGCUGUACCACCCAGCCAACCAGACUCGCACUAAUAUUGUCGUGCAAGAAUCUGCCCAGAGACGCAUGGAAGGCCCCCCACCGGGGACCCAACGCACACCCUCUGGACCUCAGCAACCCCCCAGCCUUGUUCACCAUCACUCUCUGCAGACCCCUAUGUCCUCUCACAUGUCGCAAGGUCCGAUGUCCGGACAGCCAGGCUCCCGCCCAUCACUUGACCGGGCCAACACUUUCCCCACACCCCCAGCCAGUGCGUCGAGCGUGAUGGGGAUGAACAACCAAAACACUUCAUACGAGUGGGGUAACCAGGGCAUGAGCUCCAGCGUGCCACACACACAGCCUCUGUCAAUUGACACUGCGCUCAGCAACCAGCGGUCAAUGCCCACUACGCCAGCCACAACACCCCCCGGCAACAACAUGCAACAUGGCCUUGCCUCUUACCAAGGCCAAACAGGCUACGACAACAAGCCUUACUACUCGGCUGCUCCUCAAUCCCAAUCCCAGUACGCCCCGCAUACACCAUUGACCCAGUCAGGGAUGCCCAGCUACGGCCAGCCGCUGCCGGGCAACUACAUGAAGAACGAGAUGGCCCCACCGAAUACAAGGGCCCCUGGUGCGACUGACCCAGAGAGCGCAGAACGCCAACCGGAGCAGCACUACUCCCGGGGCAAUGGUGCGCCAGGUGAAUCUGUCUCGGAGCACGAGCAGGAGUACUUGCAGGACCACAACAGCGGUUAUAACUCCAACCGCAACUCCUACACCUACUCGACCAACCCCUCCGUGAAUUCACUGACCGGCGAGCACUCCCAGCUCACCCCAGAGAUGACCAGCUCGCCUUCACAGCAGAAUGGCUCGGGUCGCAUGACCCCCCGCACAGGCGGUGCUCCUCCCCACUGGGCUUCCGGGUACAACACUCCUCCCCGCCCAGCUGCCGCCACGACCCUGUACAACGCCGUCAGUGACACCCGUGGUACCCCCGCGAACGGUGCCCCAGACCCGUACUCCAUGGCGCAGUCCUCGACCCCAGUCUACGCCACCGUCAAUGGAUCACUCGGCUCAGGCAGCAAGCGCAUGCGCGAGGACGACGAUGUCAUCCGCCCCGACCAUGGCGCAGAGUACGAGACCAAGCGCCGCAAGACCAUCACCGAAACCACCCUCGGCGGUCCAGUCGGCGGCGCUCCGAUCCUACAGCCCAUGAAGACCAGCGGAGUCAUGGCUCGCCACCGUUGA